CUUGGAGGUGAAACUCGAAAUCUCCGACCGCAAACCCAGAUCUCAAACCCCCACAACCUCCAAGCCCAUUGCUAGAAGGUGGCAAGCCGAGGAUGUAUCUGGUGACGGCUUUGUUGUAAGACAGCCAGCACUGCAAUGCCGCGCCCGGAGGCCUCGGGCCCGCCUGCCAACUACUACGACGCCACCGAGGCGGCCAAGUACACGUCGAGCAGCCGCAUCAUUCGCGUGCAGGCGGAGAUCGCCGCGCGCUGCGUGGAGUUGCUGAACUUCCCGGCCGGGGCGCGGCGCCUCGUGGUCGACGUCGGCUGCGGGAGCGGCCUCUCGGGCGCGGCGCUCGAGCGCGCGGGCCACGCGUGGGUCGGCUGCGACGUGUCCCGCGACAUGCUGCGGGUCGCGGCGCGGCGCGCGGCGCGGGACGACGACGGCGGCGAGGCGGAGGACAUGGACGACUCGGAGGAGGAGGAGGAGGAGGAGGAGGAGGAGGCGGAGGAGGAGAACGGCUCGGAGGAGGAGGCGGACGGCGGCGCCGGCGACCGCGCCGCGAACGCCACGGCGGAGCUCCUCGAGCACGACAUGGGCCUGGGCCUGCCGUUCCGCGACGGCGCGUUCGACGGCGCGGUGAGCGUCUCGGCGCUGCAGUGGCUCUGCUACGACAACGACGCGGCGUCGUCGGCGCCGCGGCGGCUGAACCGCUUCUUCGCCUCGCUCUACCGCUGCCUGCGCGCCGGCGGCCGCGCGGCGCUCCAGUUCUACCCCGAGAACGACGCGCAGGCGGCGCUCAUCGCGGCGGCCGCGCAGCGCGCGGGCUUCGCCGGCGGCGUCGUGGUCGACUUCCCGCGGUCGACCAAGGCGCGCAAGCACUACCUGUGCCUGAGCACGGAGCGGCGCUACCGCGCGCCGGACGCGCGGGACGCGGCGGGCGCGCCGCAGCGCCGCGGCGGCGGCCGGAAGCGCGGCCGCGACUGGGUCCUCGACAAGAAGGCGCACCAGCGGAAGAAGGGCGGCCGCGUGCGGCCGGACUCGAAGUUCACGGGGCGCAAGCGCAAGGAUAAGUUUUAG